CCCUGAGCCCGUGCCAUGUUCUCGGUGCAGGAGGCGCUGCCCCGGGGGGGGGUCCCCAUGAAGGAGGAGCCGCUGAGCGCGGGGCUGCCCGCCGGCCGCUGGCUGCAGGGCACCGGCAUCCUGGACGCCAGCACGGCGGCGCAGAGCGGGGUGUCCCUGGCCCGGGCGCACUUCGAGAAGCAGCCGCCGUCCAACCUGCGCAAGUCCAACUUCUUCCACUUCGUGCUGGCCAUGUACGACCGGCAGGGCCAGCCCGUGGAGGUGGAGAGGACCUGCUUCAUCGACUUCGUGGAGAAGGAGCGCGAGCAGAACGGGGAGAAGACCAACAACGGGAUCCACUACCGGCUGCAGCUGCUCUACAGCAACGGGCUCCGGACAGAGCAGGAUCUGUACGUGCGGCUCAUCGACUCCAUGUCCAAGCAGGCCAUCAUCUACGAGGGGCAGGACAAGAACCCCGAGAUGUGCCUGCUGCUCACCCACGAGAUCAUGUGCAGUCGCUGCUGUGACAAGAAGAGCUGCGGGAACCGCAACGAGACCCCCUCGGACCCCGUGAUCAUCGACAGGUUUUUCCUCAAGUUUUUCCUCAAGUGCAACCAGAACUGCCUGAAGAACGCGGGGAACCCCCGGGACAUGCGGCGCUUCCAGGUGGUGGUCUCCACCACGGUGCACGUGGACGGCCACGUGCUGGCCGUGAGUGACAACAUGUUCGUGCACAACAACUCCAAGCACGGCCGGAGGGCCCGGCGGCUCGACCCUGCCGAGGCCACCCCCUGCAUCAAGGCCAUCAGCCCGAGCGAGGGCUGGACCACGGGCAGGGCCACCGUCAUCGUCAUCGGCGACAACUUCUUCGACGGGCUGCAGGUGGUGUUCGGCACCGUGCUGGUGUGGAGCGAGGUACGGGACCCCCACGCCAUCCGGGUGCAGACUCCCCCCCGCCACAUCCCCGGCGUCGUGGAGGUGACCCUGUCCUACAAAUCCAAGCAGUUCUGCAAGGGCGCCCCGGGCAGAUUCGUCUACACCGCCCUGAACGAGCCCACCAUCGACUACGGGUUCCAGCGGCUGCAGAAGGUGAUCCCCCGGCACCCCGGGGACCCCGAGCGCCUGCCCAAGGAGGUGCUGCUGAAACGGGCGGCUGACCUGGUGGAGGCGCUUUAUGGGAUGCCCCACAGCAACCAGGAGGUGCUGCUCAAGCGGGCUGCCGACAUCGCCGAGGCGCUGUACAGCGUGCCCCGCCCCCCCGCGCCGCUGCCCCCCACCCACGUGGGGGUCCCGGCCUUCGGGGGGGCCCAGCUGGGGCUGCCCGUGGCCGAGUCCCCGCAGGGCUCCGACCAAGGGUUCUCGCGCAGCCCGGGCACCCCCCCGGCGCGGGGGUUCGGCCCCCCCGGCUCUGCCCCCCAGCAGGGCUAUGCCGGGGGCACCGGCGGCUUCGGGGGGGGCACCAUGGCCGGGCUGGGGGUGCCCGGGUCCCCCCCCAGCUUCCUGAACGGCUCCACCGCCACCUCCCCCUACGCCAUCAUGCCGGCCAGCCCCCCCCUGGGCGCGUCGUCGGUGUCGGUCCCCGCGGGCCCCCCCGCGCCCACCCCUCCGGGGGGUUUCUCCUUCUCGCCGGUGACGAUGAUUUCGGCCGUGAAGCAGAAAAGCGCCUUCGCGCCCGUGGUGCGGCCGCCCGGCUCCCCCGGCCCCGCCUGUGCCAGCGCCGCCGCCGCCCUGCAAGACCCUCCGUUCGAGGACUCGGACAAGUUCCCGGCCCCGGCGCGGCCGCUCCAGGGAUUGGCCUAUUCCUAAGCACGCCGGGCCCGGCCGCCUCGAGCCGCCCUGGGAGCUGGGACGGCACCGGAGCCGCCACACGGAGCGGGACGGGGGACCCCCACCCCAAAGGGGACCCCGACCGCGCUGGCCACGGCUCCCCCAGCCCGGCCCCCCCGGGGGACCCCGGCCCCGCUCAGGGGGGGCUUUGGGGAGCUCCCAGAAUGACCCAAACAUGCUGGAUUUGGCCUCGGAAAGACAUGGAGAGACCUGGGAGUGGGGGCAGUGGAACUGAGGGCAUGAGGAUCCAGGCGAGGAGGGAGGGAUGUGCCGGUGUGGGAUGGAUGCCCUGAGGUGGGAUGGAUGCUCCAGGGUGGGAUGGAUGCUCCAGGACAGGAUGGAUGCUCCAGGACAGGAUGGAUGCCCCAGGAUGGGAUGGAUGUAACAAGGCAGGAUGGACACUCAGAGCUGGAGGGAUGGUCCAGGACAGGAUGGAAGCUCCAGGGUGGGAUGGAUGGAUGGAGAGAUGGAUGGAAGGAUGGGGGGAUGCUCUGGGGAGGGCUGGAAGCUCCAGGCUGGGAUGGAUACUUUGGAACAGGACGGAUGCUUGUGGUUGGAGGAUGUUCCAGGGCAGGAGGGAUGGAUGUUCUGGAGUGGGAUGGAUAUCCCUGGACAGGAAGGAUGCUCAGGUGGGAUGGAUAUCCCUGAACAGGAAGGAUGCUCUGGGAUGGGAUGGUAUCCCUGGACAGGAAGGAUGCUCAGGUGGGAUCCAGCUCCCCCACCAUUCCCAGCUCUCUCCCAGCUGUGCAGCUCCACAUCUGGAACUGCCCACCCACGACUCCCAUGCCUGGAUCCUGGAUCCCAGCUCUCUGCCCGUGCAGGAUCAGGCCCUGCUGCCCCCCCGGGAGGGGACCCCCCUGUCCCUGUCCCUGUCCCCGGAGGCCCCAGGGCUGUGGGACCUUCUCUCCUCGUUAUCAAUCAUUAUUAAUAUCAACACUCCAAUCAUUGUUAGCCCGGGGGGAGCCCUGGGGGGGAGGGGUGGGUGGGGCAGGGGACCCACCCUGGCCCUGCUGCCCCCAGGGGGUGUCCCUGUCCCUCCCUUUG